AUGAGUGAUGAUGAGUUUUUUCAAGAUAAAUAUAGUAAUUCAUUACAAUACAUUAAAUGUAAAACUAGUACAAAAAUAGAUGAUAUAUUAAAAAGAAGAAAAGACAAAAAAAUAAAAGCAGAGCAUGGUGAAUUAAAAGGUAGUAUAAAUGGGGGAUCCUUUGUUGGAAUUGAAAAAAUAAAAAGUGAAGAAAAAUAUAAUGAUCAAAAUAAAGGUAUAUAUAAAUUUAAUAGUAAUAGCACUAAUAAAAAAAGUACCAUUGAUAGUAGUUACGACAAUUAUUUAGAAGAUGACUAUAUAAAUGAAGAUAAAAAUUUAAACUCGUUUAAUAGUUUAUGCAUAAAUAGCAAACUUGAUUAUUCGAAUAUUCUCAAUAGGAAGUCACUAGAAAAAAAAAAAUUUCGUAAUAAUAAUGAUGAUGAAGAUAGUGAUAAUAGUGAUGAAUAUGAUUUAUAUGGGUUUAAAAAUAUUCGAAGAUAUUCUAAAGAAUGUUCUUUUAAUGCACAUGAUAAAAUAAAAGAUAAUACAGAAAAAAAAUAUUCUUUAGACAAAUAUAACACCAUAGAUAAUAUCGGGCAAAUAGCACCAAUUAAUAGUAUAUCUGGUGAUAAUAUUUUAAAACGAGGUAUAAAAACAUGUACUAACAUUUCGGAAUAUAAUUCUAUGAAUAAUAAAAUUGAAGUAAAUGCAACAUCGUUAGAAAAUGUGAACAAAUAUGAAAAUGAUAAAUAUAAUAAUAUGGAAUAUAAAAAUGAUGAUUACGUGAAAAUAAAUACUAACGAUUCUGAAAUACAUCAGAGAAAAGAAAAAAACAUUUAUAAAAGCCCUAGCACAGAUGCUAUUUUAUCUCGAAUUAAAAGUGAUGAUAAUGAUAAUUUAUGUGAUAAUAAAGAUGACAUAUAUGCAAAUAUGACGGAUUUAAAUAAAAUGUAUAUGCAAGAUGGAGAUAUGAAAAAAUUGUAUACACAAGAUGGAAAUAUAAACAAAACCCCUACGAAAACAUUUUCAAAAAGCUAUUUUGAAUAUCUAAAAUUUGAGACAGCUGGUAAAAUGAACAUAAGUGAGUUAGAAACUCCAUUAAAUUUAAAAGAUGAUAAAGAGGAUUAUAGUGGAAAUACUCCAUUUAUAGCUUAUUAUUUAGCAGGACAAACAGAAAAUAAAAGUUUAAAUGGUGAAGAGGACAAUUUGGAAAAUAAAAUAUCGAGUUUUAAUAAGGAGAUUGAUAAGGAUUAUUCGAAGGAAAAAUAUUAUGAACCUUUCAAUUUUGAUAUUAACUCAAAAGAGAAAAGUGAUGAGCCAGAACCUGAAGAAGUAGAACGUAUAGAAAUCGAAGAAAACACAUUUAAUAUUAUAAAGAAUAAUAGCUUCUCAAAAAAGAGAUGCCAUUCUUUUAGUAAUAAUAACAUAAUAGAUAUUAAUCAAAUGAAUACAAAUGAUAAUAAAGAUGAGUUAGACAUUUUUAGAAGAGUUAGUGUUACUUCUAAAAAGUAUAAUUUUAUAAAAACUGAAGAAGAGUAUAAUGAUAUGCUCAAAGAGCGUGAUUUUAAAUUGAGUAUCAAUAAAAUUGGGUCUAGAAAAAGUACGAAUAAUGCAAAUGGUUUGGAUAUUUUAGAAAAAGUUAAUACUGAGAAAAAUAUAAAUAAUAAUGAUGUAAGUUUUACAGAUAAAAUAUUUUCGUGUAACAAUUUUAAUAUAAUGAAUACGGAUACAUUUAAAGAUAACCUUUUUAAAGAAUCGAAAUAUAGCAAGUUAGAUCAUAAUGAAAUAAAUUUUGAAAAAUAUAAAGGUGAUAUGUUAUAUUAUAGUAUAAAUGAUAAAAAUGGUAUAAACGAAAAUGAGAAUAAUGGAUUAAGUAAAAAUAUAACCUUUUUUAAUACAAAUGAGGAUAAUUAUGACCAAAUAGAUAGAAUAGAUACAAUACCAUUAAAUAAAAGACUUUCUAUGUAUGGGAAAAGUUAUGAUGAUAUAAUCAAUGAAAGGGAUAUAAAUAAUAAUAAUAAUAAUAAUGUUUAUAAUAAUCCUAAUAAUUUGGGUAGUAUGAAAUAUAUUCCAAAUAGCUCGCUAAUGAUAAACCAAUGGGAAUUUAAGGAUGGUGAUAUAAAUAACAUUCCUAUUAAUCGAAGUAAAAGUUACGCUAAUAUAAUUGGAAGGAACCCAAGUGCUGAUAUAUAUAAAAAUACAAAUAAUAUAAAUUAUAAUAAUAAAUUUAUGUCAAUUAAUGAUUUUAAAAGUGGUUAUCAAAUUGGUGAUACAGAAGGAGAGAAUAUAAAUUUUAGAAAUUCAUCAUAUGAAAGUAAAAUAAGAAAUAUUGAAAAAUACAUUAAUGAUAAUAAAAACAAUGCAAUUAGAAAAUCGAAUUAUACAAAUAAGUAUAUGACAACACAUGAUAAUAAUACAUUUGGAGGAAAUAUGAUAAAUAAAAUGAGUACUAACAAUUUUCAUACAGACAAUCCAAAUCUUCUAAUAAACAAUAUAAAUAAUCGCAAUAUGGGGAGCAGUGUUAAAGGGGACAAUACUAACAAAGUAGAAAAUUACGAACAAAACGCAUCAGAACGAUUUUUCAAACAAAAUGAUAUUACGAAUUAUUCCCCUGGAAAUGGUGAUGAGAAUAAUUCAAAAGUGAUGAAUCUUAUGGAAAAGAAUAACACAUUUAACAAAUCUAUUAUUGUAGAUAACGAUAGCUUUAUCCCUUUAAAUAAAUAUAUUGCAAAUAGACUAAGUGAAACUGCCGAUUUUGGCUAUAAGGAAAGCCCUUAUAUGGAAGAAUCAAAAAGCGAUGAACAUAACAAAAAUUUUGGUAUUCAUACCUUGGGAAAUAAUGAUAUUAAUAAUAAUAACGAAAAUAAUAAUGAAUAUAAUCAUGAUAUUACAAAAAAAUAUUGGGUUGAUGUUAUGAAAAAAAGCUUUGAUAAUAUCGAUGUGAACGAAAUAAAAAAUAAAAUUUUAAACGAUUAUGCUAAGGUGAAUAAUAAUAUUAGUGAAAAUAAAUCGAACAUGGAUAUUGGAAAAAAAAAUUCAUUUUGUAAAGACCCAAAUGAAGAUACAUUAGCUAAAUAUAUACAUGAACAAAUUAAGGGUAGCAUAAAUGAAGUAAUUGAAAAAAUAUUAAGUCAUAAAGAAAUAAAUUUUGAGAUAAGUGGAGAAAAAAAUAAUAUAAUAAAAAAAAAAACGGGGCAUUUCAAUGGUAGCAUGUUAUCGACUCAGGUUAACAAUUAUUUGGAAAUUGGCGAUGUUAAGAAGGAAGAGGGGCAUUAUCGAAACAAUUCUAAGAUUAACGAUAAUGAUAAUAUGAAUACUAGUGUAUCUAUUAAUAACAAUAAUAUAGACAAUGUGCCAUUAAAGUAUGAUUUUAAAAAUGAAGGAAAAAACGAAGAAAUUGAGAAAAAAGAAAUUCAAACAGCGUCGAAUGAAGGGAAAAUGGAUGAUGGAAAACUGGAAACAACAGAAAUAAAUAAUGAAAUGAUAAUUUUAGAAGAAGAAGAUAUUGAAGAGUUGUAUAAACUAAAUAAACAUUUAAAAAUGAGUAAUACUCAAAAAAUAAUUGAGAUAAAAAAAGAUGAUUGUAAUAAAAAAAAACAAAUAAAAUGGAAAGAUCUAUUAUCUAAUUUUAUAAAUGUAAUUUAUUAUUUAAUUAAUGACAAUAAUAAAAAAACAAAUAAAAUGAAUAAUUUGUUAAGUGAUAUAAACAAUAUUAGCGAAUUUGAAAAAAAAAUUGAUAAUUUAAAUAAAGAAAAUAAAAAAUUAAAACUUGAAAUUGUGCAUAAAAAUGACGAAAUUAAAAAACAUAAUUAUAAGGAACGAAUAAAUUUGAAUAAUAAAAUAAGCGAUUUGUCUAAAAAAAAUAUAAAUUAUGAAAAAGAAAUUAAUAUAUAUAAAAAUAAAAUCGCUACAUUAAACAAUAAACUCAUAAAUAAAGACAACGAAAUCGAUCAAUUAAAAAAACAAUAUCAAAUUAUUUUAGAUGAAAUAGAGAAUUGUAAAAAGGAUGCUAAAGAUAUUAUCAAACAAGUGCUAAAUAAAAAACAUACAAAUUUUAUAGAUAAGCAAUGUUUAGAUAUUUCAAAAUAUUAUAAUAUUCAAAUGAAUGGAUUAAAGAAGGAAAUUAAAAAUUUAAAAGACCUUAUUAAAAAUGAAGCAAAAGAAAAAAUAUUGUUAAAUAAAAAAUUAAAUGAAUUGAUUCAGUCAAACAAAGAUAUUGGAAGUAAUGCUGACAAAAAUGAUUUCAUUGAAACAGCGAUAUAUGAAGGAGAUGAUCAUGAUAAUAAAUAUGAUAAGAAAAAAAGUAGUAAUGAUAAUAUGGCAAAAGAGCAUACUAAAUUAUCCAAAAUUAAGAAAGGAGAAGAUAAAAAAAAAAAUGAAGAUAAGUAUAAAAUUAUGUAUUUUAAUUUGGUUGAAGAAAUGAAGGAGAUUAAAAAAAACAUUGAGGAUCAAAAAAUAACAAAUAUGGAACAAAAUCAAGAAAUACAAAGCCUUAAAAAUCAGGUAAAUACGUCUGAAAAAAUUUUAGAUGUAUAUCAAAAUAUUUUUAGGGAAAAUCCUAAUUUAGAUAAAAAAAUAAAUGGGGAAAAAGUAUCUGAAAAAAAUCAUACUGAUAUUUGCAAUAAUAGUUCUAUCAAUGUAAGCAAUUUUGGUAAUGGUGAUCAAUUGAAUAAUUACGAUUAUAAUAACAGUAACAAUAACGAUGAUAUCAAUUUUAUUGAUAAUUCAAAUAUACCCAAUGAAUAUUCUAAGCAAACUAUAAUUCAAACAAAUAAGUACAAACAAGAUAUAAAAUUGAUGUCGUCUAUUCAAAGAUUGGGCCUUUCUAAGGAGAAUUUAGAAAUAUCAAAGAAUGGAAUUGAAAAUACUUGUAAUAAGAAAGACAUUGGAAAAAAAAAUGAUAAUUCUAGUAUAAUUGUAUCAGCGUAUAAUGAAUACAAAAAUAACAAAUAUCCGAUGGAAGGAAAUUAUUCUUGUCACACUAACAUGUAUGAGAACCCAUACUUAAACAGUUUUGUAAAAAUGUUUAUAGAAAAUACUUCUCAUCUUGGUAUAUCAUUGAAUAAUUUUAAAAGUUUUCUUGAUAAGCCCGAAAAUGCAUACUCAGAUAAAAAGUGUAAAAAUUCAUUUGAUGAGAGCAAUAAAAUAUUAUAUAAUAAUUUAAUGGAUUAUGAAAAAGAUGAACUGAUUAAUAUGUUUGUAAAUAUUUGUAAUGAUUUAAAAACUGAUAAUAUAUUUAUUAUAGUACAAUUUGUAAAAUUUUUAUCUUUUAUUGUAUAUGAGCAAUUGCCUUUGUUUACAUCUUUUUACUGCAAUGUUGCAUCUGUAACAUCUAUGGAUUCAACAAACCCAGUAAUAUCUUUAGCCUCUAUUAUUUCAUUAAAUUCGCUCAAAUUCGAAGAAUGUAUUAAUGUUAUAAAGAAAUGGAAAGAUCAUUAUAUAAAUGCAAACAAAUAUUAUCAAUUCAGAAAAAACGUUCUAUUAAUUUUUCAAUCCGAAUUAAAAGAUCUUCGAAAAAAUCAAGUCGACUUUCGAUGUGUAGACAUUAUAAAAAAUAUGUACCAGAGGAAUAUGGAGAUAUCUAAGUUUUCAAAUGACCCUUUUGAAAAAGCAGAAUCAAUAAUAAAUAAACAAUCGAAGGAAAUUAUAAGUAAAAUUAUCAAAGCAUAUAUGAACCUUUAUAAAAUCGAAAAGAUAAAUCAAAUUAUACCGCAUAUGAAUACCAUGAAUUCAAAGAUUAAGACACAAUCGUAUUUUAUAAAAUCCAUAUCCUCAUGUUUAAAUUUAAAUAAAUCGGAUAGUUUUCAAGAGAUUGGAAAUCAGAUAAAGGAAUUAACAACCAUUCGCGUGAUCAACGAAAAAAUAAAAAACAGAAUCAACAUGGAUCAAAUUGAUGAAUAUAUUGCUGCCUAUACAAUUAUGGGGACCCUAAAAAAGUACCUAAACAUUACACAUACAAAGGACCUAUUACCAUCUAUAUCUAAAAUUAUCCAAAAAAAUAAAUCAACCUUAUAA